GAGCCAGUCAGAGCCCAAGGCGCCACCGCCGCCGAAGCCGCGCGGAGCAGCUUUCGCCUUCAUGGCCCACUCACCGGUGGCGGUCCAAGUGCCCGGGAUGCCCGAUCCAGAAGAACUGUUCACAAAAUUAGAACGCAUUGGAAAAGGCUCCUUUGGAGAAGUUUUCAAAGGUAUUGAUAACCGUACCCAGCAAGUGGUUGCUAUUAAAAUCAUAGACCUCGAGGAAGCCGAAGAUGAAAUUGAAGACAUUCAGCAAGAAAUAACUGUUUUGAGUCAGUGUGACAGCUCAUAUGUAACAAAAUACUAUGGAUCAUAUUUAAAGGGUUCAAAAUUAUGGAUAAUAAUGGAAUACCUGGGUGGCGGUUCAGCACUGGAUCCUGCCAAUGUCUUGCUCUCAGAACAAGGAGAUGUGAAACUUGCUGACUUUGGAGUUGCUGGCCAAGUGACAGAUACACAAAUUAAAAGAAAUACCUUUGUGGGAACACCAUUUUGGAUGGCUCCUGAAGUUAUCCAGCAGUCAGCUUAUGACUCAAAAGCUGACAUUUGGUCACUGGGAAUUACUGCUAUUGAACUAGCCAAGGGAGAGCCACCUAACUCCGAUAUGCAUCCUAUGAGAGUUCUGUUUCUUAUUCCAAAAAACAAUCCUCCAACUCUUGUCGGAGACUUUACUAAAUCCUUUAAGGAGUUUAUUGAUGCUUGCCUGAACAAAGAUCCAUCAUUUCGUCCUACAGCUAAAGAACUUCUGAAACAUAAAUUCAUUGUAAAAAAUUCAAAGAAGACUUCUUAUCUGACUGAACUGAUAGAUCGAUUUAAGAGAUGGAAGGCAGAAGGACACAGUGAUGACGAAUCUGAUUCUGAGGGCUCUGAUUCGGAAUCCACCAGCAGGGAAAAUAACACUCAUCCUGAAUGGAGCUUUACCACUGUGCGAAAGAAGCCUGAUCCAAAGAAACUACAGAAUGGGGCAGAGCAAGAUCUUGUACAAACCCUGAGCUGUUUGUCUAUGAUAAUCACACCUGCGUUUGCUGAACUUAAACAGCAGGAUGAGAAUAAUGCUAGCAGGAAUCAGGCAAUCGAAGAACUGGAGAAAAGUAUUGCUGUAGCUGAAGCUGCCUGUCCUGGCAUCACAGAUAAAAUGGUGAAGAAAUUAACUGAAAAAUUUCAAAAGUGUUCAGCAGAUGAAUCCCCCUAAGAAACUUCUUGUUAGUGGCUUCUAUUUCAUAUGGACCCAGAGAAACCCACCAAAGCUACUUCAAGUUUAACAAUGCUUAACUCAUGAGCUCCACGUGCCUUUUGGAUCUUUGCGACAUUGAAGAUUUGGAAGAAGCUAUUCAACUAUUUUGUGAUGGUGGUUAUCAUUUUAUAUUUUAAAGAGAUUAUUUUGUAAGGAAUAACUUUUAAUACUAUAGUUUCACCUGUAUUCUAGUAAAUGUUGAGAUACAGUUUUGCUUUUAGGUAUCAUUAUUACUUAAGUUACUA